AUGAAGUUAUUGAUAUUUUUGGCGGCCCUGGUAGCUGGAAUUUGUUGUUUCCCUCACGAUGGCUAUGAAUCCAAAUAUGGCUCCAAAUCCAAAUCCUACGAUAAAGGAGAUUACGAAGCGGAUAGCUCCAAAUAUGGAAAUUACUAUGACGACAAAGCUCAUAAAUCAGACGAGGGAGCCAACGGAUAUUACGGUGGAAAAUAUGGUGAGCAAGGAAAGAAGCAUGGUGAAGAGAAGUAUGAAGCGGGUGACUACAAAGGACAUCAUGAUGAGGAUCAUGAACAAGGGAUGAAGAAGUAUGGAGAUGGAUUUGGCCACAAGAAAUUCUCGUAUAUCUCAAGUGGAAGUGGACCGCAUGGAACUUAUAAGAAGGGAUAUUAUGGACAUGAGGAUUAUGAGCAUGAUGAUAAGAAGACCAAAUAUUCUACCAAAUAUGAGGAUGAUGGAUUUAAGAAGGGGUAUUAUGGAGAUGGUAAAUACUAUGAUGAUAAGUAUAGCAAUUAUGAUAAGGUGAGCUAGUUUUGGGGCUGGAAAAAUUUAAAAAAAAGUUGGGCGGCUGGCGGGGUCGAACCCUCGUCUUGCAAACGGUUGACACGCGCGCACACCACUCGACCACACGGCUCUUUUUUCCCAGGAAUCCGACGGUCACAAAAAACACCACUCUGACUACGAUCAAUCGAAAUACGGCUCGAAAUACGGUGGAUAUGCCAAAAAAUCGCAUCAUGAUGGUUUCAAAAACGAAAAAGAUGAGUACGACUCGAAAUAUGGUCACUAA